GAGGAUCAAGCUUGUGCUACUUGCCUUAUCUUGGCCUGUUCUAACGCUGCAUGUGACAGAGAAGUGUCUGCCUGGGCUACUCGAGCAUUCUUCAGGUAUGGUGGAGAAGCACAAAUGAGAUUUCCGUCUGCUCUGCCUCCUCCAGUCAACGUUGGUCCUGUUUCCAGUUCUCCUGUUUCUGGCAGUUCCUCCUUGGUUGCUGAUAGUUCAUAUCCUAGUCCUACCUUUUUGGCAACACCUGGGCAAGGUUUACAACCUCCUACUAUGUCAACUCCCCUAUUUGCUGCUGGGAAUUCCACCUCUCACCCUGGCGCACCUGUUAGCGGAAUGAUGGGUCCUGAAAUAGUAUUUUCUGGAAGACACAAUGGCAUAUGUAUAUACUUUGCUCGGAUUAUCGGAAAUAUUUGGGAUGGCAGUAUAGUUGUGGAGAGAGUUUUCAAAAGUGGCAAUCGAGAAGUUGUUGCAGUAGAAAGCAGUGUUCCAUCCCAUGUGCUGGAAUGUGUACUACAAGAACUAAAAGGUUUACAAGAAUUUCUGGAUAGAAAUUCACAGUUUGCCACAGUAGGAGCCCUUGGAAACCCAAGUUUUAGCACACCAGCAAAUCUGCAACAGAGGCUCCUGGGUUUCAUGCGGCCUGACAGUGGCAGUUCUCAGCAAGUCCAGCAAGAACUCCAGAGGAAAUAUCACGCUGAAGCACAGUUAACUGAGAAGACCUCACUUCAAGGCAUCCAGCAGCUUGUUCACAAAACCUGUCAGGCAUUGGCAUUAUGGAAGUUGCUGUGUGAGCACCAAUUCAGUGUAGUUGUAGGUGAGCUUCAGAAGGAACUUCAAGAACAUCUGAAGAUUACUGCUUUUAAAGACUUGGUAAUUAGAGACAGAGAGUUGACGGGAGCACUCAUUGCUUCUCUUAUAAACUGUUACAUCAGAGAUAAUGCUGCUGUGGAUGGCAUCAUUGCCCAUUUGCAAGACAUCUGUCCUCUUCUUUAUAGCACUGAUGAUGCUGUGUGUUCCAAGGCGAAUGAACUGCUUCAGCGGUCUCGACAGGCUCAAAGCAAAGUGGAAAAAGAGAAGAUGCUGAGAGAGUCACUGAAAGAGUACCAGAAGAUCAGCAAUCAAGUUGACCUUAGCAAUGUUUGUGCACAAUAUAGGCAAGUGCGUUUCUAUGAGGGAGUAGUAGAACUCUCUCUUACAGCUGCUGAGAAGAAAGAUCCCCAGCGUCUUGGCCUUCAUUUCUAUAAAAAUGGAGAACCAGAAGAGGAUGUUGUUGGACUCCAAGCUUUUCAGGAGAGAUUGAAUAGCUACAAGUGUAUCACCGACACCCUUCAGGAGUUAGUGAAUCAAAGCAAAGCUGCUCCUCAGUCUCCCAGUGUACCCAAAAAGCCAGGUCCUCCAGUGCUGUCAUCUGACCCCAACAUGCUAAGCAAUGAAGAAGCAGGGCACCAUUUUGAACAAAUGCUGAAGCUGGCUCAGCGUUCAACAGAUGAACUCUUCAGUAUUGCACUUUACAACUGGUUAAUACAAGCUGACUUGGCGGACAAACUGCUACAGGUUACUGCCCCCUUUUUGGAACCCUACCUUGUGCGGAUGACCAAGGUUGACCAAAACAAAGUCCGUUACAUGGAUUUACUGUGGAGAUACUUUGAAAAGAAUAGAAAUUUUAGUAAUGCAGCCAGAGUCUUGGCAAAGUUGGCUGACCUGCACAGCACAGAAAUUUCUCUUCAGCAGCGUCUUGAAUACAUUGCACGUGCCAUUUUGAGUGCCAAAAGUUCCACUGCCAUAUCCUCAAUAGCUGCAGAUGGUGAAUUCCUACAUGAACUAGAAGAGAAAAUGGAAGUUGCAAGGAUCCAGCUUCAAAUACAAGAAACCUUACAACAGCAGUAUUCGCAUCAUUCGUCAGUGCAAGACGCAAUCUCCCAGCUUGAUGCUGAGCUGAUGGAUAUAACCAAGCUGUAUGGAGAAUUUGCUGACCCUUUUAAACUCUCAGAGUGUAAGCUUGCAAUUAUACAUUGUGCAGGUCAUUCUGAUCCUAUCUUGGUGCAAACUCUCUGGCAAGAAAUCAUUGAGAAAGAGUUGAGUGACAGUGUGACUCUGAGCCCCACUGACAGAAUGCAAGCACUUAGUCUGAAGAUGGUAUUGCUUGGAAAGAUCUACGCUGGCACACCUCGUUACUUCCCUUUAGAUUUUUUAGUUCAGUUUCUAGAGCAACAGGUCUGCAUUUUGAACUGGGAUGUAGGUUUCGUAACGUAUACCAUGAAAGAAAUUGGAGUGCCAUUGCCAAGGCUGCUUGAAGUAUAUGACCAGUUGUUUAAAGCACGGGACCCAUAUUGGAAUAGAAUGAAAAAGCCUUUACACCUUUUAGAGUGCAUUCAUGUAUUAUUAUCAGGAUAUGUACAUGAUCCAAGCAGAGUACAUCAAAGGCGACGAUUCACAAAUGUUUGCCUGGACGCUGUUAGUUGCUACCUGGUUGAACUCCAGUCAAUGAGCCCCACGCUGAUGGUGCAGACUACUAUUGGGAAUUUUAAAUCACUACAGGCUAAAUUAGAGCGGCUUCACUGAUUGAUAGAUACAAUAACAGAAUAAUUAGAUCAGAUGAAAUGAACUAGGACAUCAAAGUUCACAUCUGCACUGAAUCUCUGGAAGAACACAUCUUAUCUCCUGCAGUUAUU